AUGGUGCCCAAGGCGACAUCGGGUGACUGGAGACUCUGCGGCGAUUAUCGUCCCGUCAAUAAUGCCACCAUUCCUGAUCAACACCCUGUGCCAAAUCUUCAGGACUUCUUCGGAGCUCCUUUUGGCAAAACGGUCUUCUCGAAGGUUGCCCUGGUGCGCGCCUUUCAUCAGAUUCCUGUCGCCCCUGAGGAUACCCCAAAAACUGCCGUCACUACACUUUUCGACCUCUUUGAAUUCAUCCGCACACCCUUCGGUCUUCGUAAUUCCGCAUAA